AUGAUGUCAGAACAAACAUUGUGGAAACACUUUACGUUUCAGUUACGCUGUGCCGGAAAACGCGAACCUGAAAAGGAACUAGAAGCGCAAAGAUGGAUAGAAGCUGUCACAGGCGAAAAAUUCCCAGCAGAUCUGCCAUACGAGUUCGCUCUCAGGGACGGAAUAAUUCUGUGCAAGCUCAUGAAUAGACUGCAGCCUGGUAUCAUCCAAAAAGUCAAUGUGUCGGGAGGAGACUACAAGUUUAUGGACAAUAUUAGCCAAUUUCAAAAAGCAUGCGUCAAAUAUGGAGUUCCAGAUACAGACCUCUUCCAAACCACAGACUUGUGGGACCAAAAAAACAUCGCACUAGUCACACAAACAAUCUUCGCCCUUGGCAGGACGACAUACAAACACCCAGAAUGGCGUGGUCCUUAUCUGUGGCCAAAGCCCGCUGAAGAAAACCGCCGUGAAUUCAGUGAAGACGUUCUACGUGCGGGAGAAGCUGUUAUCGGACUACAAGCAGGUACAAACAAAAUGGCGUCACAGUCGGGACAGAACUUUGGCGCAUCACGCAAAAUAAUCCUCGGCAAG